UGUAAGUCCGGCAUCUCUUCUGGUUUUGACAAUUUGUUUAGUUUGUUUUUGUUGCAUGACUUGAUUCGCCAUACAAAUGAAAUUGUAAAUUAAAGAAAAAAGGCUAAAGAUGGCGGACGCAGAUAGCUUCAACGAAUCAAGAAAUGACAUCGCCGGUGCUGCGUCUAACCACAAUCGGAAAGACACCGGCUUUACCUCCUGCAGUACAAAUUUGGAUAUUAAGGGCAUAAAGCUCACCAUACGCAUGUUGCGUAUGAAUGCCGCUACAAUGGUUUUCAUAUCCCAUCAAGGAAAAGAAAGUCUGAAUGAAAUGGGCAUAGCAUUUCCAGCCAUGGGUGAAGGUAUGAUACCGUCCAGCACAACAUUAUUUGGGCCGGAACAUGGAGCCAAUUCACAACGUUUAGCAGACCUGUGGAGCAAACGAUACAAGCGACAAUUUAUAGUAAGCUGUAACGUGCAAACGAAUGACGUUGAUGUACCGGUGGUGGAGAAGGCCGUAGGCGAUUGGAUACGUGCAAAUUUGAUGGCAUAGUAUGGCAUAGAUGAAGUAUAUUGUUUCGAUUUUUUUUAAUUACAAAUGGAAUAUCACUCGCAAAACGCAACAGUUUUCAUUGCUACCAGUGGCGCACUUUAUACACAGUGCUUUUGAAGGCCGUGGAGGGUCACUGUGUUGAAUGUGGCCUAUUUUUACACGCCACAUAUAAACAGCUAUUUUUGGCGUUGCAGUCAAGUCUUUCAAUGCUGCUGCUGCUACCAUUGCAACAGCAUUUCUUGUUUUUAGGUUUUAGGCCAUAAGGACCCCCCACUUAACUGCUGUCAGAUUAUUGAGGUCGACAUAUACACUCUGCUCUGAGUGGCACGAUCACUAACUUAAAUGUAUUCUUACAUUAAAAACGUAACUCCGUCACAUUAGUUGCAGUUUUAUUAAUAUCUGCCAAAAUGUUUGAAUUAAAAGCUAUUCAAUAAAUAAACAGUGUUAAAAAGGUGUUUUAUUUC